AUGUCGACUCCGGACGCGAUACACAGGGUGCCCGUUCCGAACGCGGUAUCAAGUACGAAUGACGCUCCCAGCUUCACGUCUUUCAACAAGCUGCCAGUGGAAUUGCGGCUAGCGGUUUGGAAAUUGACGUUCCAGCCUCGUCUUGUCAAUAUUCAAUACCAAAAAUGUAAAGACACGAGCUUUACUUCCCCGGCGCGUAUUCCAAGCGCUCUCAAGGUCUGCAAAGAAUCACGUACCUUCGCACUACCCUUUUAUCCUCUGAGCUUUGGCUCUGUCUGGCACCCACCGAUGGUACGUUUCAAUUCUGCUAUUGAUACACUGUAUUUCAGAGCCGGUCACUUCUUAUCUCACUUAUUUGGUAUCAUGACCGCGGCAGAAAGAAACGCUCUCAAAUAUAUUGCAGUAGACUCCGGGACUAUGUUUGAUCUCCGUCCUUACAGGGAGCCGGGGUUUGAACGAGUACUCAAAACUAUGCCCGGCCUGAAAGAGCUUAUAGUUGUCCACGAUAUCAAGUCCUUUGAACGCAGGCAGUGUCGUUCGGCUUCGUGUACAGUUCUCCUCAACCAAAUCCCAAGUAGACUCGCUCAACAACCUGACAACAUGCUCCUCUCAGAAGAGAUAGAUGAACAACAUUGGGACUUGGCUCUUUCGGGGUCUUACAUGUUCCCACGGGUGUAUGGAAUGAUAGACUGCCGUUGCAAGAACAAGAAGGUAAUAUACGAGGAUUUCGAUUACGAACCAGAUUUAGGUUAUGAUGAAUCUGGUUACGAACCAUAUGACCCCGAAUGUGGUGGCUGGGCCGAGGAGUCUCGAAGCCUCUUUACAAUUGCCUAUGAUGAUUAUUCUCUCUAA